AGCUGUUAUGGGAGAUGCCUCAGAUUCGAGUGAAAACAUUCGAGACGAAGAGAUGGAAAAUAAUGAUGAAGAAGAAAGCGAAAGUUCAGCCGAAGAUGCGGGUGAUGGAGAUCAACAAACAGAUUCUGACAGAGCAGAUCCAAUCGCUGUAGACAGUAAAAGGUUCGCAAUCCCUCCCAAUGAUGAUUAUCUCAUGAGUGAUACUGUGUACAAAUUUGUUGUUAAGAGCGAAAUAACAAUGGAAGAGGCCCGCAAUGCAAUCGCUGGUUUCACCAGAUUUCUCGAUGAUGGUGAUUACUUUGAGAUUCACACUUUCUUCGAUGAGUUCUAUCACAUUUCAAGGUCUCAUGGUAAAAUCAGAACAUGGGAUUUGUGGAUUGAUCUCGUACAGCUUUUGCUCCAAGGGUUCAAUUCAUUCAAACCGGAUCUUGUAAAUACCGUCUGUCAUGUGGCGAGCGUUGGUGAUGAUGUUUCCCAAAAUAUGAAGGACACGUGCGCAGACAAACUUGAAUUCAUGGAGAUGUUUGUAUACUUGAUCAAAAACCUUGUGCUUCGCCUCGAGACCCUUGUAGUGAAAAGAGCUUAUAUCGAAAAUGGUGCUUAUGUCUCUGAUGAAGAUGAGCUAGGAUAUGACGAUGAUGCUAUUGUGGACGAAAAUAUACCUGAUGACGCACUAGAAGUAUGGUAUAAUGUGCGGAAUGAGAUACUAGAAAUGAUUGAUUUUAUUUGCUGUCUCAAUAUCUCGCGGGGCAAUGGCGAGGUUAUCGAGAAUGCUAUCCAGUAUCUGUCGCGUCCACCGCGACUGGAUGGAGAGCUCCUAAGGUGUUUUUCUGCGAUAAUCCUGAAGUUUGCCUCCCAUCCACGUUACGCUAAAAAGACUGCGAAAGACGAGCUAGAGAAGUUGUUCGCACAUAUGCGCCCUAUCUGUGUUGGAUUUGAUUAUGCCAGCUCGUUUGCCGAAGAGUUGGUUGACGCAAGUAUGAAAUUCGAUUAUCUGAAAGAUGCACGGUCUGAUUAUCCAUUCGUUGAUGUACUAGAGAAAGUUGCGGGACAUGGACGAAUGCAUGAGCAAAUGCUGUCGGUUAUGUUGAUGCGUUUAUGGAGACUAGUUCCUUUUGAAGCGGCCGGAACAUUGCAGAGGCCAUAUGUAGCACUAGUUCAAAAGUUAUCAAAUCGUGCUCCUGAAGUGUUUUUGGACCAUUGUGCGCAAGCGGCCCGUGCUCUUGAUUAUGAUCCACCCGCGCUGCGUACCGCAAUACUGGAGGCUUUUUGUCAGAAUAUAUGCAAUAACGAACUUUUGGCCCCCAAAUAUGUGCGUCCAGGAACCAGCGUUUAUAACAGUUAUGUGAUCAUGACGGACUGUCUUUUGGACUUUCUCGCAGAUGCCAAUCCACAAGUUCGCUUAAACGUGUUGGGUUACUGGAUACAAAUUGCCAACGCCCGUCGAGUCCCUUUUGAUUCACUCAAGAAGGGUCUAUUCUUUGUAAUAACUGAACGUUUGAAGACAGAGAAGUCGGCAGCUGCGCGUAAAUUGGCUAUGCAAUUCCUCGUCUUGUAUCUUCUGCUUGGUCCUUUUGGCAAGGAAUUGAAUUUUGCUGAGCUGAGCCAAGCAUGCACAAACUUGGCAGAAUUUAUCAAGCGGAUCGAGGUGCUCGAUCCAGAGCGACCCGGUGUGCAAGUCAUCAUGAAUCGGUUCAAUUCGUUUUCGGAUCAGUUGAAGGAGACAUUGACCCGUGUGAUAGAAACGAAAAAGUAUGAGGAAAACACUGACGAUUUGACUGAUAAGCCGCUGGAGGAUAUCAUUCUUGUGAUGGUGGAUAUGGUAGAGAUGUCUAUGGAGCCCGUGGCCUGCAUUUUAGCGAAGAUGUGUUACUUGGGGAAGUUCAAGAAAGUUGACCCAAAUGUCUCGACGAAUGAACUCGUUGAUGCGAUCAUUAGUGAAUUUCGUCGUUACUAUAUCACAAUGCACAUGGGCUACAUAGGAGACUCUUUGGGACAGACUCGACUGGAAGAAAUGGGUGUUUUCUUUGAGGAAAAUAUGGAUCGUGCUGAACGUGCGGUUAAUGUUGUGCAGGAGAAAAUGCUGUUUGCUGAGCAAAUGACUUUGCUGUUCUCGCACAUCUACGAAGCCUUGGAACAGAAUAGUUUCACAGACGUCAACUAUGCGGUUACCUUUUUCGCCACCUGCUACAGGUUCAAGAUCAGAAAAUCGGCAUCUGCUUUAUACAAAAUGUACUUAUCAGGAAAUACUAAUGCUGUGACUGAGGUUCUCAACACGAUCAGAAUGCUUUUCCUCAAAAGAAACGCCAGAGGAGAUGUUGAUAUAAUGGAAACAGCAAAUUCUCUUAUGGAAAAACUGACUGAUCAAGAGGAUGGGGAUCGUGUUGCUAUCGAAGAGCUUAUCUAUCACGCAUUUGUAAACGACCCUUUUCCUCCAGGGCUUGUGACUCACCUUAUGAACAUCGUAUGUAAGGUUUAUUCACCUUUUAAAUGUCCUGCACUAGCAGUUCUACCGUUGUUGACUAGGAUAGAUCCGUAUGGAAUGCGAAAGCAUUUUCGCGUUUUUCACAAAUGUAUCCGGUGCAAGGAUGUGCGUGAGGCUUUCUAUGCGCUGCAGACUAUCUCGCUCUUGAUUCCAACCACAGAGGAUGAUCCGGUAAAAGAAGAAGAAAAUCAUGCCUAUCGUCUACGAGCUACUGACUCCUUAUUUGCGGACAUCGAAAAUCUUUUCAUACGAAUUCUGCUAUCAGAUUAUGAGGAGCGUCUGUCUGAUGGAACUCCAGUGUCAGAUUACUGGUAUAGAUGUACACGGAGUUGUAUCAAGGCAGUGUUUGCGAUCGCUGCUGAUGUAGACUUCGUAAUUACAAGACUUCUGGCUAAGAGCAUCUUUUUUGCCAAGCGAGCAACUGAGGCCUACAUAGCGCACGUGCAACUGGAGGAAGCGGGAAAAAUACCACAGAAUGUUAGCCAGGAGUUGAUCAAGAAGAGGAAAGGCUAUCUGAAUGGGGCUUGGCAAAGGACAACCGAGCGCGCCCUCAUAAUAAUUGCAGAGAUAGUUGAAGGAAUUCUCGCGUAUGUUGACAACAAUUUCCCUAAACUGCUCAAACGAUCUAUGGAGCUAGGUGAUGCUGCCGCGCAGGACUUGGAAGAUGUUACGGAGCCGUACGCAGACUAUGCCAGGGCACACACUGAUCUCGAAAUGGAUUUUGCUUACCAAGAGGGCAUAUUUGCCAGAACUGUAGCUGCUAAGAUGAAAGUCGCUGACUCACAGCCAGCAGAGAAGAAUGGCGAAAGGUCGGAGACCGAAAGCCAUUUAUCGGAAUCGCAUGCGGAGAAAGCAGAUAAGGAUGAUGAUGAUGACGAAGAUGACAACUCUAAUCGGCCUUCUACUGACGAACUUAUCCGUACCCGUACUAUGGACUUGCUGGAAACCAAGUUGCUACAGAAGGAUCACAUAUUGGGCCGAUGCCUGACGAUGGUUGUGUAUUUCGUUCGAUGUCCAAACAAUCCAAAACCAAUCACUGAUGCGGCACUGCAAGCUUUUAGCAAAUUUUUAUUGAUUUGUCCGCAGUUCUCUGAGAGAGCUAGUUCGCUUUUCCUCACAUUCACAUGUUGCCAUCCAGACGCGGACAUGAGGGAGUAUCUUCUGGUAUCUGCCGUUGACAUUAUGCAGCGAUUUCCUUCCAUGCUUGAUCGCCAAGCAUUAUUCUUAUUUGAAAUGACCGUUGACGUAGAUGCUAGUGUAAAAAUUACCGCACUGCUGUAUUUAACGAAGAUGCUCACACGUGACAUCCUCAAGCCCAGAGGUACACUAUCAAAUGUUGCCCUCUGUAUGCUUCGAAAAAGUGCGCCAAGCAACAACUCCAGUUCCUCCCAAGUCCGUACUGGCAAUCGUGAAGUGAUAGCUCUCGCGAGGAAACUGUUUUAUGAGAUCUCAAUCAAGGGUAAUUUGCUGGUGAAUGUCAUGCCCGACAUAAUCUGUCGCGUCUGUCGUUUUGAGAAGGAAGUGUCAUUGAGUGAUUUUAGAUUUAUCGUCAAGAAGCUUCUACCUUUGAUUGCCGACAAGCCUUUGGAUUCAGUUGUAGAGAAGAUGUGCCAAAGAUUUGAGUUUUGCAACAGUGCUGAGGCUACGGCUCACAACAAGCAUAUCGCUCAUUACUUUUCAUACUUUAUCUCACAGCUUCCCUUAUCGGAUUCCUCAUUUUACAAGAUGCGAGAUUCGAUAGCAUAUUUCGCUCCUUUCUUAGAAGAUUUAGUUGUAUACAACGACCUUAUUGCGCCCUUGAAUCACCUCGUAUCAUCCACUCAGUCACUGGAUGUAAAGCAUGACGCUGAAGAAUUCCUACUCAAAGUUGAGUUUCUACACGUGAGACACUCUCUCACUGAAGAAGAGAGAGAUAGAAUGAGCAGGGCUGUCGGGCCUAUAAAUCUUGAUGUACCAGUCAAGCUCGACAAAGAUGUGCACGAAAUUCUAAGUUUCAACAUAAUGCCGGGUGGUCGUGGUAAUCGACGAGAUGUGAAACAGUUGUCAAAAAAUCGCUUUUCGCGGUUGGAUUCCGAUAUCGUGAGCUCCUACGUUGAUGACGACGAAGAUGAGCGGCCUCGACCGAGACAAGGCACUGUUAGCCGCGUUAUCAAUAUGCUUGCCGGACGGGUAAUGCAUGGCAACGGCGGCAAUCGGCGAGGCAGAAAGGAUGAACAAACAAUGAGAAGUGCUGGCGGAGUUUCCCGCCAUACUGAAAUGGUUUAUAAAAUUCGGAUACCAUACGGUCGUAAAUUUACGGUACCAUGGAUAAUGAAGCAGUUGCAUCAACAAAUCGAGGACAUUAAACCACUGCUAGUGACAGUUACUCCACGUGGAGACGUCGAAUUUUUCUUGAAGAGCGAAGACACUGCUGAUGCAUGCAAAGCAAUCUCACGCCGAAUAGUGCACAAAAUUACCGGCGACAGGAUGUCGAUACUUGUUGAUAAAGUUGUUGCGCCAUGGACUAAGUUGAACAAGGAAGAAACUGCAGUGAUCCAGGAAGUUGUUGACAGUCGAUACAAUCAUGAUUCUCGUUCGCUUGAUCUCAGCGAGUUUGCCUUGGAUCAGAAAUUCAAAGAUCGCGACUUGCAUAUGAUGCUCAAUAAGAACAACGUUAUGUUGACAGUUGUAGACAGAAUAGAUGAGCGAUACGGGUCAAUCACAGCACUCAGCCUUCAGGGCAAUCGUCUCCGAUUUUUGGAUUACGCAGCAGUGCUUGUGAGCGUUACCAAGUUGCUGAAAGUUUUGGAUCUAUCCAACAAUCAAAUUGAUAAAAUCAGCGAGUUGGAAAAGCUCAAAGGACUUCCCGUAGAGACGCUUUUCUUCGAAGGAAAUCCCCUUGUUGAACAGCUAACAACGGCAUCAGGAUAUCUCAGCGCCGUUCACCAAGUCUUUCCGAAAGUUUGUGUGCUGGAUGGAUCCCCAGUACAGCCUGCCGCUGUGCACGUGCAAUCCUUGGACGAUGAUGAGAUAACAACGGAGCCUCCGAGCAGGCCUGGUUUCUAUGGAAGCGACAACUUACGAGUACUGGUGGAGCGAUUUCUCGUUGAGUACUAUAAGCUAUAUGAUGGUGAAGAAGGAAAUGUUACAAGGAAAAAUCUUGUGCAAGCUUAUGAUCAAGAUAACUCUUCGUUUACAAUCACGAUAUCUCAUCUGAAAGACAUGUCUAACGAGGGACCAGUUCGAUAUCCGAAUGAUGCUUGCUACAAUCUCUACAUCCGUUCGUCCCAUAAUGUAUUAUGUGAAGAAAGGUGGCAACGGAAUCGUGCCAUUCGGACAUAUCGUGGAGCAAUGGAUAUUGCUGUAGCUCUGUCAAAAUUACCUAUCACCAACCACUACACAGAGUCUUUCAUAGUCGAUACACACUUGAUCUCGGAGGAACUCUUAGCGUUUACUGUGCAAGGAUUAUUCGAAGAUGGUAAAUUUGCCAAACCCGGGGAGGUACCUCAAUUGAGCUUCUUCUCGAGGUCAUUUGUUGUUUCGCCGCGAGCGAAUGAGUCUAUAGCAGUUAUCUCUGAUAUGUUGUACAUCACAGGAAUCACUCCAGCGCGAGUCGCUCGGUAUAAGCUAAUGCUAAAUAAGGCCGCGUCCAACGGACCCGCUCCAGGCCCAGCUGCACCAGUUGCGCCAAUGAAUCCCAUUGCACAAGCUACAAAUUCCAUCAAUGGAUUACAGAUGUCUAGUCAACCCUCUAUAGAAGUCAAGAAACAAAUGGUUGAGCAGUUUUGCAAAGAUAGUGGAAUGAUCCCGGCUUGGUCAGAAAAAUGCUUAAUCGAUUUUGACUGGAAUUAUGAGGCUGCAGGGCAAGCGUUUGUUGCUAACAAGGAUAGCAUACCUAAAGAGGCAUUCGCAUCAGUGUAACGAGUUUAAGCAGGACUAACGCUUUGUAUAGUCAUCAACUUUAUCUCGGAAAGUAGUGAUUGAUUAGGUCAUUGAUAUGUUGUUUGUAUUGAGUGAUUUGUGCUAUUGUUGUGUUAGUGUUGCAAUUCUUUGUCAUUACUCAUUCCUUUUAUAGUUGGGCGAAAUCUACUUUUUUCGAAAUCAAUCAGGAAUGAUCGGUGCACUUUCAAGUAUAGCUCAAACUUAAUCGCUUCAUUCUUUGAGUGCGCAAGCGGUCUUCCCACCUCCAUCGAACCCGAUCUCCUGUUUCUAGAUCGGGUUGAUUAGUUCACGGCCCUUCUUAUAUCACCUGCAACCGUCCCUAUCAUCGUGGCAUACCGGCAUUUUCUCACUUCUGCCAUUUGCCCAGGGGACCAGCCCCUUUUACGGAAGGCAGCUUGUGCGCAUCAAUU